AGAUCAUCAUACACACAUUAUAUUAUUAGUGCAAGAGAACAGUAGUACACUAGCUAUAUUGAUAUGAUGAGAUAAAAGCCAAGGAUAGUUGUGAAUGAGCUUCUGCCAUGACUUUGAUUAUUAUUAUUAUUAUUAUUAUUUUUAUUAUUAUUAAUUUUUCUUUUCUCUUGGGGCAUGGAAAAUCUCUAUCAUCAGUAUUCUUCUCCGCAGCCCCAAGGAGAAAACUUUUCCCAGUACAACAUGUCAUCUGUACAUAGCAACGACGAGUCGUUUCUUGUACCGUAUUGGCAUUUACCGCCUCAUGAUCACCAUCAUGUAUCCACCUCUGCAUCACCCGCUUUCCAAUUUUGUGGGUUUCCUUCUUCCUUUCCAAACGACGGUUUUGGACCAGAAGAUAAAGCUGCUGCUGCUUCCAAGAGCCAUAGCCAAGCUGAGAAACGACGUCGUGACCGGAUCAAUGCUCAACUCGCCACUCUUAGGAAACUAAUUCCCAAAUCUGAUAAGAUGGACAAGGCAGCUUUAUUAGGAAGUGUGAUAGAUCACGUGAAAGAUCUCAAGCGAAAAGCAGGGGAAGUUGGCAAAUCUUCACUAGUUCCAACCGAAGUUGAUGAAAUAAUCAUAGACAGCAACCUCUCCGACCAGGACUACGUAAGACUCACCGAAGCCGGUGCUGAUAAAAAAAGCGACAACGUAAAUUACAUAAAGGCAUCGGUUUGUUGUGAGGACAGGCCUGAGUUGUUCUCCGAGCUCAUUCAAGUUCUCAAAGGGUUAAGCCUCACUGCAGUUAGGGCUGAUGUAGCUAGUAUGGGUGGAAGAAUUAAGAGUGUUCUCAUCCUUAGCUCUAAAAAUAAUGAAGAGGGUAGUAGCAGUGUUUGCAUAAACACUCUUAAACAAUCUCUUAAACUAGUUUUAAGCAAGAUAGCUUCUUCUUCAUCUAUGGCUUCAACUUGUCGUAUUAGGAGUAAGAGGCAAAGGUUUUUCUUGCCUUCAUCUCAUUUUCCACAAUGAAUUUUACACUUUACAUUUAUUUAUUUGUUUGUUGAAAGAUGUAUCGAUCAUGCAAUGUAUUGGAAAAUCUUAGUGGAAACGUAACGUAAAAGACAUGAGAAUUAUCAUUGUGCCA